ACAUCACGUGGUAUCACACCGGAACUACUGUGUCAACCUAACGUGUGUAAACCUCACUUUGUUGUUGGUCCAUAAAACAAUUCAGGUUUAAAUACAAGAUAGGUUCAAAGUGCAUAUAUGUGGCUAACGUUUCGUGUUACAUAACUGAAAUGAACGGAACUAUUGUGCGGUCAUCCGUCUGCGCCGACAACCAAAGGGUUUGACUUGUCAUGGCUCCUCUUCGAAGUCUCGACGCUAAAAUUGUAAUAGUUGGCUGCGGUAUCUCCGGGAUCGGCGCGGCGCUGAAACUCGUCAAGUUUGGCUUUCGGAAUGUCCGUAUUAUCGAGGCAACGGGUAGGAGCGGUGGAAGAAUACAAACGGGUAGACUUGGCAGUAACGUCGUGGAGAUCGGCGCCAACUGGAUCCACGGACCGUCUCAGGAGAACCCCGUGUUCCGGCUGGCCUGCCACUACAACCUGCUGGACCCAGAGUCCAUGACGGAGGAGAACCAGGCGCUGGACGUAGGGGGCCACCCUCCGUUCGUGCCCAGCUUCCUGCGUAGCUCUGGGGGCACGGUGCCGGCGGAGCUGCUGGCGCCGGCUGUGGAGCUCUUCUCCCGGGUCCUGGAGCGCAGCCAGGACUUCAGCGCCGGGGGGGGUGAGCCCGUGGCCAGCGUCGGGGGGUUCGUGAGGGCCGAGCUGCCGCGGCUGGCUGAGGCGGAGUGGGGUGCAGAGGCGGGGUUGCGAGAGCUGCGGAUCGCGCUGGUCUCCACCCUGCUGAAGGUGGAGUGCUGUGUGAGUGGCACGCACAGCAUGGACGAGGUGGGGCUGGGCGCGUUUGGGCUCUACCGCACGCUGCCCGGCCUAGACUGCACCUUUCCCAGAGGCUUUGAUGGGCUGAUCGACUGUCUCAUGCGUGAGCUCCCGGAGGGUGUGGUCUCCUACAACACACCGGUUCGCUGCAUCCACUGGUCUGACGGCCGCGAAGCAGGCAACACACAUACAUACACGCACCCUGUGCGGGUGGAAUGUAUCAAUGGAGACAUGUUCCCCGCUGACCACGUUAUUGUCACCCUCCCGCUGGGGUACAUGAAGAAGCACCAUUCCACCCUGCUGAGCCCUGCUCCACCCCUCCAUAAGCUGCACUCCAUCCAGAGGAUGGGCUUCGGCACCAACAACAAGAUCUUCCUGGAGUUCCAGCAGCCGUUCUGGGAGCCGCAGACCGAGGCCAUCUACCUGCUCUGGGAGGACGAGGCACAUCUGGUGGACACGGUGCCCAACAUACACACACACUGGGUCCGCAAGCUGUUCGGCUUCACUGUGCUCAAACCCACAGAGAGGUAUGGCCAUGUUCUAUGCGGCUGGAUUGCUGGUCAUGAGUCUGAAUAUAUGGAGUCGCUCUCUGAGACAGAAGUUCUGAACACUGUCACACAAGUCCUGCGCAGGUUUACAGGCAUCCCGACGUUGAGUCCAUGUAGGAUGCUACGGUCUCAGUGGUUCAGUGACCGCUUCACCUGCGGAUCCUACUCUUACCCGGCCACUGGAUGCUCCGCCCGAGACAUACAACACCUGGCAGAGCCACUGCCUCCAGAACACACACAGUCCAGGCCCCUGCAGGUGUUGUUUGCUGGUGAGGCCACUCACGGCUCUUUCUUCUCCACUGUCCAUGGAGCCCUGCUGACGGGCUGGAGAGAAGCAGAGCGACUCAUCACACACUACUCACACUCCUCCUCCUCUUCAUCCUCCUCUCCUCCUCUGUCCUCUAAGCUCUAAUCCCUCCCUUUCUUUCUCUCUCUCUCUCUCUCUCUCUCUCUCUCUCUCUCUCUCUCUCUCCCCCAGUCAUGUCACUAACUCUCUUCACUUCUCCACGCCCUUCCUUUCCUCCUCAUCUCCCCGUCUCAUCCACCAUCUCUCUCUUCCUCCCUCCGUCUCUCCUCUCCGUCGCUGCGCUUCUUCUCUCCAGACAGUAGGGGGCAGACUCCUUUCUACUCCUCUGCUGAGCGCCUCCCUGUUCUUGAGCUCCAAUCAGAAUUAAUCUACAGCCCUUACUAGUGAUGCAUGCAUGCAGCGCGCGCACACACACACACACACGCACACACACACGCACACACACACACACGUGCACUGGGGCACCAGCUUACUCAGCUACAGUUUUACAUAUCAGUUUGCCAAAGUCUGUAGUUUGUUAAGAUUCUGUCAGCAUGCCACGUAGUAGGCUGGUAGAUAUACCAUUUUACCAUUAUUGAUAUACAUAUGAUAUUCUAAAGCACCAUUCAAAAUAAUCUGCACUUAAAUCAGUGUCUUUAUUCACUGCUUUUUACAAUGGCAUAAUGAUUGCUAUAAAUGUGUUGUAAAUAUAUACAUGUUUGAUUCUUGUAAGACAUUAAAACAUGGCAAAAUGAUUGCUAUAAAUAUAUACAUGUUUUAUUUUUGUAAGACAUUAUUAAAUUGCAUAACGAUUGUUAUAAA